CGUCCAUCAUCACGGUCUGCUUGCCUCGGAUCUGACAGUAGAAUAUGCGCGCCGAAGACCUUCUCAAGCAGGCGACUUCGGUGGCGAACCUCGACUUGCAGCGCAAUGGGUUUGUCCCAUCCACCAGCGAGGUGCAGCAUAUACACGAGCUGUCGCACGCGCUCUCGUCAGAGCUCCCGACUAUUGACGCCGAGAUCGAGCGCCUAGAUGGUCUGCGCAAGCGGGUCUUUACGCAGCUGGACGUUCACAAGUCCAUCACGUCGCCCGUUCGACGCCUUCCACUCGAGAUUCUCUCCGAAGUCUUCGCCAUUCUCUACGACGAGGAAAUUGAAUCGUGGGAUAAAGCAUACAUUACCAUCUACAUCCUGUCUCGCGUCUGCAGCACUUGGAGAGCGCUCGCGCGCGGUACGCCACGGCUGUGGCUGGAGAUUCCGACGUUGGUGCACACGCCGAGGGACACAUAUCAUCCACAUAUGCAUCACCUGGAAGACCACAUCUCGCUAUCCGGUAGCCUGCCCCUCCGCCUCUCGCACCACGAGCCUGCCGACGACAUUCUUCUUGACCGAUUUCUGUUGAAGUUUCGCCCUCACCUUCCUCGCCUCGCAUACAUCGACAUCGACGGCAGCUACUACUACUUUUCAGUCAUGCGUAGUCUCUUCAACGUCCCGAAUCUAGUGGAGGUGAUGCUAGUGCUGCAUGGCGCGCCCCAUCCCGUUGCGCUGGACUUCUUGCUCGACGCGAAGGAGCUUGAAACACUCGAACUGUCCCAUACCAACACAGACCCUGAAAAUUUCGCUCGUGACAUUCGGCUUCCCGCUCUCCCCACUCUGACAUCACUUUCCCUCGAGUUCAAUGCUUUGAUGAGCAUGGACACGCUAAUGGGGGCCCUGUACGCAUGCUGCAGCGGCCUCGAGUUCCUCAACUUGAGCCUUGGGUUCACUCGAGAUGCCUGCACUUUUACCCGUCUAGAACUGCCCGCUCUCACGAGCUUGCGACUCGCCGAUACAGGGUAUACGAUACUCGAGUAUCUGAGCACGCCGUCGUUGGAAGUGCUGUGUAUCUCGGCCGCCAUAGAGCCCUUUGGUGUCACUGCGACGAUGGAGUCGGAUGGAGACCCGUUCCCUUCGCUGACUGCGUUCGUAACGCGCAUUCCCCGCCCGCGUAAACUCAAAGAGUUGCGGGCUGGCGCUACUACGCGCAGCGUCGAUACCUUCCUGGGCUUCCUGGAUAAUCUCGACGACCUGGAGGUGCUCCUCAUCGGGGAUAGGUCGUACACGGGACUAUUCUCAAAGGACCUUCUUACUUGGUUGACCUGCGUAGAUGACCAGGAGCCGCAUCUGCCCCACCUCAAGAGACUCGAGCUGUACCUGCGGCGUCGCCGCGACUGUCGAAGAAAAUGAAGCGGGCCUUGGAAAGGAUGCUGGAGUCGAGAAAGGAGCGGCGAGUGUGCGCGUCUCGAGAGGUGGCUGCGAUGGAGAGUGUGGUCGAGUAUCUGUAGAUGGCGGGUCUUGUUCCAACGCGGGCCGUUAUUACAGCUGUGACGUCACGCGUCAGUACUUCGCGAGAACAAUGGGAUCUCUGCUUGACCUUGUUUGCA